UUUCGUUCCAAGAUAAAGGAAACUUGGAAGAAGACUUGGAAAGGUCAUCUAAUGAAGAAAAUAAAGAUAAUGAGAUUAAUGGAAUUUUUGAUUAUUAUUUCAUUAAUGAAAAUGAAGUCUCCAAUGUUGAGAUUAAUUUUGAAUUAGAAAAGGAGCAAAAAGAUAAAUUAGAUUCUUUACUACAAAAGAAUAUAGAAAACUUUGCUUUCACUUCUGAUCAAUUGGAUCAUAUUGACAUUGUUUAA